UGGAGUCGUGAAUGAAUGUGGCGGGGAGACGCGCGUUUUCCGGGGUAGAAAGAUAAACAAGGAAAGUCGGGCUGUGAAGGGCGCGAAUUGGAAGGAUGUCCUGCAAUCAAUGUACGACGAAAUUCAAUUUCUUCCAUAAAGAGGGAGGAUGCUCGUCUUGCGGCUUGUCCUUCUGCAGUAAAUGCUUGAAGCAGAAGUGCAGGGUGCCGGGAAAAGGUCUCGCAGAGCACAGCGUCUGUAAGGCCUGUUUCCUGAAGCUGUCUGCAGGAUCCUCCUGUGCUGCUGCCGCUGUUUCUAUCGCGCCCCCUGAUGCGUAUCUCAAGAGACUGGAGGCUCUUGAGAAUCCAAUGUCGCCCCCAAUUACAAUGUACAGCAGGAAUAACAAUGCAUUAACCAGUUUGAGAGCAGGAUUAUCAGCCACUGAUCUGGAGCUGCUUGAUCGCUUGGAGAAGUUGAAGGAUGAUGGGAAAGGUCUACCGCCCACUGAUUCUGAACUCAGACAGAGACUGGCCACCCUGAGAGGGGAAAACAACUAUGUAGAGGGACCCAGCAAGCAACAAGUAUUCGCGAAAGACUUGAGGAGUGACCAAGAGAAAGCGGAUUCUCUGCUGGAGCAGUUCCUCACUGAAAGGGAUAUAGAGUUGGCGCAAAAUCCGCAACUGGAGAUUGAGGCGAGAUUGGCUAGUCUACGAGAGAAGGGAGUGCGGCCGAACGAGAGUAGUUUCAUUAAGAAUUUGCACGAUUCGGGCGGCUCCUCCGAGGAUGAAGUGGAUAAGAUAACCAAGAAGAUCAUGGACGAGGUGGCAUUGGAGGUCAGAUGUCCGGUGGAGUCGAGUAGCAGUAGCAGCAGGAUGGUGGUGCCACCGCCGCCAGCUCCACCUUCAGCUGUUCUCGAGAACGACGUAGAUGAGCUGCAGGUGGAGGAAUUGCCGUGGUGCGUCCUCUGCAAUGACGAUGCAGUCGUCAGGUGCUUGGAUUGCGGAGGCGAUCUUUACUGUAAGGAAUGCAACAAGGAAGCGCACCGGAAUUGGGGCGACACCCAUCACAAGGUCAUCCCGUACUACAAGAAGAAACAGUAAUAAUCACUUGAAAUCUAUCGCAAAGGCAAUAUUAAACAAUUUUAUUAAUAUAAUUAUUAUUAUACAUAUAUAUCUAUAUUUAAAAAGAGAUUAUUA